CAAGACCCUCGAACAAGAUUUUUUAACAAAGAAUGGAUUAAUCCAAAUAAGGAUUUAACAUUAUUUACUAACAUUACAAGAGUGAAUGCAGCAGUUGUAGUAUUGGCCAGGAACUCAGAGUUAUACCAGUUAUUAGAAGCGAUGAGAGAAUUUGAGGAUAGAUGGAAUAAAAAAUAUAAUUAUCCAUAUGUAUUUCUAAAUGAUGUAGACUUUACCGAAGAAUUUAAAAUUAGAACAUCAGCAUUGACAAAAUCAAAAACACAUUAUGGAAAAAUUCCAGUGCACAUGUGGAGUUAUCCAUCAUGGAUAAAUCAAACAAAAGCUGCUGAAAAUCGUAGAGAAAUGGAAUCAGCUGGUGUAAUAUAUGGUGGAUCAGAAUCAUAUCGACACAUGUGUAGAUUCAAUUCAGGGUUUUUCUUUCAACAUGAACUUUUAUUGCCUUUCGAUUAUUAUUGGAGAUUAGAACCUUCUGUUAGAUUUAUGUGUGAUAUUGAUUAUGAUCCAUUUUUAUUUAUGCAAAAGAAUAAAUUGAUUUACGGAUUUACUAUUAGUUUGAUAGAAUAUCAAACUACCAUUCCCACUCUUUGGGAUUCCGUAAAACAAUUUAUAAAAGAGUACCCACAACAUAUUGCCGAGGAUAAUCUAAUGAAGUUUAUUAGUAAUGAUAAUGGAGAAACUUACAAUCUGUAA